AUGUCGUCUACUACCAAUGGCAAGCUUGCCGACUUAAACAAGGAGACUGUCAAUGCUGGAGACAAACAGCAUAUGACAACUGACUAUGGAAUCAAAAUCUCUGAUCCGGAUCAUACGCUUCGCGUCGUCGACGAGAAGCGUACCGGUCCCGCACUGCUAGAAGAUCAAAUUGCUCGCGAAAAGAUCAUGCGGUUCGACCACGAACGCAUUCCCGAGCGAGUAGUUCACGCCCGUGGCACUGGUGCAUUCGGCACUUUCAAGCUUUUCGAGAGCGCCGAAGACGUCACCACAGCCGGUGUCUUAACAGACACCAGCCGGGAGACACCUGUGUUCCUUCGGUUCUCAACCGUACAAGGAAGCAAGGGCAGUGCGGAUACAGUUCGAGAUGUGCGCGGGUUCGCCGUCAAGAUGUAUACCGACGAAGGUAACUGGGAUAUUGUGGGUAACAAUAUCCCCGUCUUCUUUAUUCAAGAUGCGAUUAAAUUUGCCGAUGCUAUUCACGCUGUCAAGCCCGAGCCGCACAAUGAAGUGCCGCAGGGCCAGAGUGCGCAUAAUAAUUUCUGGGAUUUCCAAUAUCUGCACUCUGAGACUACGCAUAUGAACCAAUGGAUUAUGUCGGAUCGCGCUAUUCCUCGUUCAUUCCGUAUGAUGCAGGGAUUCGGUGUGAACACUUAUUCACUGGUGAACAAGGAGGGAAAGCGCACAUUCGUGAAGUUCCACUUCACCCCCGAACUGGGUGUGCACUCGCUUGUCUGGGAUGAGGCUCUCAAGAUCAAUGGUCAGGAUCCCGAUUUCCACCGUAAGGAUCUGAUGGAAGCUAUUGAUAAUGGCCACUUCCCCCGUUGGAAGUUCGGUCUCCAACUCCUUCCAGAGGAGAAGCUUGACGACUUCGAGUUUGAUCCUCUGGAUGCCACCAAGGUCUGGCCCGAGGAGCUGAUUCCCAUCCGCUACAUCGGCCAGCUGGAGCUGAACCGCAACGUGGACGAGUUCUUCACGCAGACCGAACAGGUCGCUUUCUGUACCAGUCACAUUGUCCCUGGUAUUGAUUUCUCCGAUGAUCCUCUGCUGCAAGGCCGCAACUUCUCUUACUUCGACACGCAGCUUUCGCGUCUCGGUGCGAACUGGCAGGAACUCCCGAUCAACCGGCCUGUGUGUCCGUACAUGAGCAUCACCAACCGUGAUGGCGCGAUGAGGCACCGUAUCACCAAGGGUACAGUCAACUACUGGCCGAACCGAUUUGACGCAAACCCACCCGCAACACCAGCUGAAGGUGGUUUCGUCAGUCACCCACAGAAGGUCCAGGGGCACAAGAAGCGCGGAUUCUCCGAGAAGUUCAAAGAGCACUACAACCAAGCGCAAGUCUUCUACAACUCGCUGUCACCAAUUGAGAAGAAACAUGUGGCGAGCGCCUUCUCCUUCGAACUAGACCACUGCGACGACCCAGUCGUCUACAAGCGCAUGGCAGAGCGUCUUACCGCCAUCGACCUAGACCUCGCCAAGACGGUCGCGAGCAAUGUCGGCGGCGACAAGCCCACAAAGCCGACGAAAGAGAACAAGGGUCUCAAAGCCAAGGGUCUCAGUCAACUAGAGUACAUGCCCGAGAAACCCACCAUCGAGACACGUCGCAUCUCCAUCCUCAUCGCAGACGGCUUCGACUUCAACCAGUACACAACCAUGAAAGAAGCCUUAACCAAACAAGGCGCGUUUGUAUUCACCAUAGGCGCGCAGCGCCAAGGCGUAACAUCCGAGUCAGGGCAGACCGUAAUCCCAGACCACUUCUUCGUCGGAAUGCGAUCGACACUCUUCGACGCCGUGUAUGUCCCCGGCGGCAAACACGUGGAAACCCUGUCCAAGAAUGGCGUUGCGAAGCACUGGAUCGCCGAAUCCUUCGCUCACCUCAAAGCCAUCGCGGGUUCCAAUGAGGCUGUGCCAUUCAUCCAGCGACAGAUCAAUCUCCCUGAAGUGGAGGUUGCGCAGAAUGGCUCUGCUCUUAAGGAGUCGUACGGUGUUGUGACAGGGUAUGGAGAUGCCGCGUCGUUGUUGAAGGUUGGUCAGAUCGGACCCGAUGCAAAGGGGCUGGCGGAGCAAUUCAUCUGGCAUGUGUCGCGACACCGUAACUGGGCUCGCGAAUUGGAUGGAUUGGCUGAACAGAUUGCUGCUUAA